CCGGUCUGCACCUACAAGUACUACUGCUGGCUUGGUACUUGUGGCUCGUGAAUCAGUCUAAAGGCUCGACACUUUAAAAAAAAAAAAGGUCUCAAGGCUCGAUGGCGGAUCAGGGCCUCAGCCCUAUCCAUUGCAUAGCGGCGGUGUGCAGAGCCAACGGCGCGCCGCUCGUCGUCGAGGAGAUCGUCGUGGAUCCACCCAAGGCCUACGAGAUCCGCAUCAAGAUCAUCUGCACCUCGCUCUGCCACACCGACCUCACGUUCUGGCGCGUCAAGGAAGAUUUUGUGAUACCACCACUGUUUCCAAGGAUCCUAGGCCACGAGGCCUACGGGGUGGUGGAGAGCGUCGGGGAACACGUGGAGGAGUUCGUCGUGGGGGACACGGUGGUGCCGACGUUCCUGGGGCAGUGCGACACCUGCUCCAGCUGCGCGUCGAAGGGGAACAACAUGUGCUCCUCGGUGCCGUUCGCCGUCGGCCCCGGGAUGCGGCGGGACGGCACCACCAGGUUCAGGGACGCCCAGGGCGAACAGCUACACGACUUCCUCGCCGUCUCCAGCUUCAGCCAGUACACGGUCGUCGACGUCAACCAGGUCGUCAAGGUCCACCCGGACGUACCGCCCAAGCUCGCCUGCCUCCUCAGCUGCGGCGCCGGCACCGGGGUAGGAGCUGCAUGGAGGUUGGCCAAGGUGGAACCUGGGUCAUCGGUGGUUAUCUUCGGACUGGGAGCGGUCGGGUUGGCGGUGGCGCAAGGUGCAAAGAUGUGCGGAGCAACGAAGAUCGUCGGUGUUGAUCUCAACCCUGCGAAACAGGAACUUGGGAAAAUGUUCGGCGUGACAGAUUUUGUCAACCCGUCAGAACUCGGCGAGAGUUCAGUCAUCGAGGUGAUCACUGAGAUGACGGACGGUGGCGCCGACUACUGCUUCGAGUGCAUCGGUGUCGCGGCGGUGAUGAUCGAUGCCUUCAGAAGCGCUAAACAGGGUAAGGGCAAGACGGUCAUCCUGGGGAUUGAGAAGGAUGGCAAGCCGAUCUGCCUGCCGUCCAUAGAGUUUCUAUUCGGCAAGUGCGUCAUGGGAUCGCUCUUCGGGGGUAUCAAACCCAAGACUGACAUCCCAAUCCUGGCCGAGAAAUGCAUGAACAAGGAGCUGGAGCUGGAGAAGCUGAUCACGCACGAAGUAGCCCUGCAUGACAUUAAUACGGCCUUCGACCUGCUCGUGCAGGGAAAGAGCCUGAGAUGCAUCAUCUGGAUGGACAAGCUAGUGGUGUGAAGAAACAGUUGAAGAAUAUGGGUUCAGAAUCGGCUGAUUUGAUGCAGCGACCGUAUAAAUUGUGUUGCUUACUUUGCUACAGCAGUUGUGUUGCCUGUUCCGUUUCGCCGGUGUCUCUGAAAAUAGAAAUCACACGGUUAUCAUCAUGAAUUGGUUUGUACUACCGUCGUUCCAUAUUAACCGUUGCAUUUAUCU